AGCAGGAGGAGAAAAAAAGAAGCGAGCGGCCGGAGCGAGCCGGCUCCUGCUCUGCGCGCGCUGCUCCCGAUUCCUUUUUUCUGGUUUUGUGUUCAUCUUUCAUUUUUCUUUCCUUUUUAAAAUCCUCUCGGUGCUAGUGUAAAGGGAGAUGAGGGGCCUCCUGUCGUUCUGCCGGGGCUUGCACACCCUGAGUAACCGUCAAGCCCGACGCAAAGCGGGGAUAGUCGGUUCCCGGUGCGGCUUUUGCGGAACUCAGUCUUAUAGCAAGCCACAGCCAAACUUUGGGCUGUUGUUUGACAUCGAUGGCGUGCUGGUGCGAGGACGGAUGCCAAUCCCCGCCGCCAAGAGGGCCUUCGAAAAGCUGGUGGACUCUAAGGGACAGUUUGUGGUGCCGGUGGUUUUUGUCACCAACGCGGGGAACUGCCUCCGACAGACGAAGGCCGACCAGCUGUCCCACAUCCUGGGAGUACCUAUCACUCAAGAUCAAGUCAUCAUGUCCCAUAGUCCACUCAGGAUGUUCAAGAAGUACCAUGAGAAGUGUGUGCUGGUGUCGGGACAAGGACCAGUCCUGGAAAUAGCUAAAAAUUUGGGGUUUAAUAAUGUUGUGAGUAUCGACAUGCUGAGGGAAUCGUACCCAUUGCUGGACAUGGUGGAUCACAACAGGAGACCCAAACUGCCGUCCAGUGCUCUGGUCACCCAUCCCAAGGUUGAAGCUGUGAUUCUGUUCGGCGAGCCGGUCCGAUGGGAGACCAACCUGCAGCUGGUCAUCGACAUUCUGCUGACCAACGGUAACCUCAGCGGUGUCCACCAAACCCAGAACAGGCCCCACCUCCCCCUGCUCACCUGCAACAUGGACCUCAUGUGGAUGGCUGAGGCCAAUUCUCCACGGUUCGGCCACGGGACGUUUCUUGUGUGUCUAGAGAACAUCUACAAGAAGAUUACGGGUAAAGAGCUGAAGUACGAGGCUCUCAUGGGAAAACCCAGCGAGCUGACCUACCACUUUGCAGAGUACCUCAUCAGAAGCCAGGCCAUGGAGCGGCAAUGGAAACUUCCCAUCACGUCUCUUUACGCUAUAGGGGAUAAUAUUAUGACUGACAUCUAUGGGGCCAAUCUGUACAACCGCUACCUGGAGGACAGAAUGAGGAAGAACCCCAAAGCCGUCGCCAAGAUGGCAGCUGCCACGGGAUCCACCACUGCAGUGCCCCAGGAUGAGGACAUUGACAACCUGUGGGAGAGCGAGCUGGCUCUGCCCUCUGCCACCUCCUGUAAGUCCGUCCUGGUCUGCACAGGGGUCUAUAACCCCAACGCGGAGGUGCCCUCGGAUGCAAACCGCAGCAUCAAAGAGACGGUGUUCCACGGGCACCGGGACUUCAGGUUCGACCCCCUGCUGGUGGAACCGGGCCACAUCGUGCAGGAUGUGGCAGAAGCCGUCGACCUGAUCUUUGAGCAGGAGAAGUUUGUGCCUAAGUAGAGUU